AUCCGAUUGGCAGGAGGUAGGAAGCCGGCCCCUGGGCGCGGCCUGCGGGGGGCAGGAGACCGCCGGGGGAAGCCGGGGGCCAGAGCCCGGACAGCAGUCGCCCGCAGCUGCAGGGAGCUCGCGUCGCGCCUCCGCCCGGUGCGCCCCACUCGGCCCGCUGACCCCGCGCUGCGCCCCGCCACUGGCAUGUGUGCCGCCCAGAUGCCGCCCCUGGCGCACGUCUUUCGAGGGACAUUCGUCCACUCCACCUGGACCUGUCCCAUGGAGGUGCUGAGGGAUCACCUCCUCGGCGUGAGCGACAGCGGCAAAAUAGUGUUUUUAGAAGAAGCAUCUCAACAAGAAAAACUGGCCAAAGAAUGGAGCUUCAAGCCAUGUGAAAUACGAGAACUGAGCCACCAUGAGUUCUUCAUGCCUGGGCUGGUUGAUACGCACAUCCAUGCCCCUCAGUACUUUUUUGCUGGAAGUAACGUAGACCUGCCCCUUUUGGAGUGGCUGACCAAGUACACAUUUCCUACGGAACACAGAUUCCAGAGCACUGAGUUUGCUGAGGAAGUAUACACUCGAGUUGUCAGGAGAACACUGAAGAAUGGAACAACCACAGCCUGCUACUUCGGAACAAUUCACACUGACUCAUCUCUGGUCCUUGCCGAAAUUACAGAUAAAUUUGGACAGCGAGCAUUUGUUGGCAAAGUGUGCAUGGAUUUGAAUAACACUGUCCCAGAAUACAAGGAGAGCACCGAGGAAUCCGUCCAGGAAACACAGAGGUUUGUGUCAGAAAUGCUUCAAAAGAAUUAUCCCAGAGUCAAGCCCAUAGUGACACCACGGUUUUCCCUUUCUUGCUCUGAGACUUUGAUGAGUGAACUCGGCAACAUUGCGAAGACUCGUGAUUUGCACAUUCAGAGCCAUGUAAGUGAAACUCGUGAUGAAGUUGAAGCUGUGAAAAAAUUAUACCCCAGUUAUAAAAACUACACCGACGUGUAUGAUAAAAACAAUCUUCUGACAAAUAAGACGGUGAUGGCCCAUGGCUGCUACCUUUCUGCAGAAGAACUGGACGUCUUCCAUGAACGAGGAGCGUCCAUCUCACACUGCCCCAAUUCUAAUCUAUCGCUGAGCAGUGGCUUUCUAAACGUGAUGGAAGUGCUGAAACAUGAAGUAAAGAUAGGGCUGGGAACAGAUGUGGCUGGUGGUUAUUCCUAUUCCAUGCUUGAUGCAAUCAGAAGAGCAGUGAUGGUUUCCAAUGUCCUUUUAAUUAAUAAGGUGAAUGAGAAAAGCCUCACCCUCAAAGAAGUCUUCAGACUCGCUACUCUUGGGGGAAGCCAAGCCCUGGGGUUGGAUAGUGAAAUUGGAAACUUUGAAGUGGGAAAGGAGUUUGAUGCCCUUCUGAUCAACCCCAAAGCAUCCGACUCUCCCAUCGACCUGUUUCCUGGGGAUUUUGUUGGUGAUAUUUCUGAGGCUGUCAUCCAGAAGUUCCUUUAUCUAGGAGAUGACCGAAAUAUUGAGGAGGUUUAUGUGGGCGGAAAGCAGGUGGUUCCAUUUUCCAGUUCCGUGUAAGACCUUCGGGUAUCUACGAAGUUCUCCUGGGAUAUGUGAUUCCACAUUUCCCUUGUGCCCAGGUGGAGUUAGAAAGUGAAAAAAAUAGUACCUUGCUCUUGGGAUGACUCUCUCUUUCUGUGUCUAGUUACAGUAUUCACUUGACAUUGUUUGAAGGAAGUGCACUAAUUCUCAACUCGGGUUGAGAGGGUUCAUAAUUACAUAAAAACCUCCCUCUCCCUUUUGAGCUGCUCAGAUUUGCUUUCAGCUCAAACAGAAGGGAAUGCUAUUGCUGGUGGUGGUUUUAUGAUGAGAUAUAAGUAAAAUCUUGUUCAUAUUUGGAAAUGUGGAAGGAAAAGAUAUGCCUUCCUAUAUGGCUAGGUAUUUUGAGCUAAUAAAUGCAAAAAUUAGAAAACUGAAAAUGAACCAGUGAGUGUAUUUUUAAGAGAGAAGAAAAGUUCGACUGUGCACAAAUGGUGGAAAAUCACUUCAGAUGGUGUUUGAAAAUUAUAUACUGAGCAUACUAAUUCUCAAAGAGAAUGUGUUGAAUUUUAAAAUGUUUCUAGAUUGACCUUGUGUUUUGGAAAUUUGCACCUAAUGGGAUUUGCAUUUCAGAGAUGUGUUAUUGUUGUGCUUCGCCUUCCUUGGGGAUGAAUGCCAGAAAUUGAAUGCCACAUGCUUUCUUAAUAUAGUUUCGUGCUUCAAGUGCUUGACAGAAGUUGGGUAUUAAAGAUUUAAAGUCUCUUAGGAACAUUAUUCAUGUAACUAAAUGGCAUAAAUAGUUGUAUUUUUGUGUACUUUAGAAUUAUCUUAAUUUUUAACUGUGUGAUGUUAUAAUUGCUUCCACUUUAUUAGAAGAGAGACAAAUUCCACACUCCAGUGUUGUAUGGGCUGGAGUCGUCACAAAUUGGAGCAAGUACCGGGCAUUUAGGGGCUCCUAACCCUAACAGGAAGGGUUCCAUUAACAUGGCCUGUUCUUCUCAAAUAUUAUACCGUAGUCACGGGAAAUUUUGUACUUGCUGAUCCGUCUACUGGAAUUUUAAAAUGAAGGAUAAAUCUUGUUAAGGAAAUGUGAAAAAUGUUUAAGCCUAGUUUAGCUCUAUUUUCUAAUUUUAUCCAAUCAUCUAUUUCCUUAUAAUUUUCAAGCCCCUAGAAUUUUAUGACCAUGAAAAAUACAUAGAUAUCCCAUUUAAUGUUUAUAUUAAUAGGACUUAAUCUGUACUAGACAUCUAGGAACAUUAAACAAAGCAAAGAGUAUUUUUAUGCUUCCUAACUAAUAUAUUCUUUCUCAUAACCUAGAAUUAAAAUCAAAUUAUGACGUUUUGAUAAAUCCUUAAGAAGUAUUGAUAUAAAUGUUACUUAAAUCCUAUAUUUUUCUUAUCUAAUUCCAAAUACUAUAACCAAACAAGAAAAAGGAAUCAACUUUCUUAAUAGAUUAUUCCUUAGCUUAUCUUAUAGUAGGAAACUCUAUGCAGUAUAGCUAAUCCCAUAUUAACAGAACACAAUUCUCCAGUCUGUAAUGUAAGUUCUACUUUCACUUAUUCACACUAAUUCAGGCCCCAUUUUUAAUUUGUUUGUUUCUUUUGGGGGCCUUUUAGAUUUGCUUGUGUAUACACCUAAAGAGAGAACAAAAUUUUGGUCUUGUGUUUUAAAAAAAACAACAGAGUUUGUUUUGUGGAAUAUGAAGUAACUCAGUAAAUCCGGUUUCCAGACUUAGUCUGUAUUUACACUAUUUCUAAUUCCUGAGCCACGUCAAAGACGCCCUGCCAAACUCCUCUCCAUCUCUACAGGGCUAGCAGGUGUUUUCUGCUCUCUCUCUCAAUUCCUGCCAAAGGAACUUGGUUUCAUCACAUGCUAUCUGACCACAUGAGUAGGCUUAGCACUUGAGAUGAGAGAGAGAAGAUCCACUAAUAGGCAGCAGCUGCUUUCAGCCUUUGCAAGAUCCUACGUUUUUCCCUUCCUCAAGGGUGUAUGUUUGAUGUUGAACAUCAGUUUUCAUUUACAUUUUAGAUUCACGUGCAGUAAAUAUAAAUGAAUAUAGCAUCGCAAGCAGGAAGAAUGGCGGUCUACAACCAUUCUGUCAAACAGCAUUAAAUUUACCCCUGGUAGUAUGUUCAAGACCUGGCUAUCUUUUCUAGUAAAAAUAAAAUGUGUUGAGAUGUUUACAUGUACUUUGAUCUCUCUGUAUCACUAAUACUUAUGUGUUUUAUUUCUCCAAGUGCAGUGUUCCUGAAUGUCGCACAUGGUUUUCUUCAGUGCCAUAGGCAUUAGCCAUACAUGGGGCCAGAUGUUCUGUGCUUUGAAAUGUUGCCUUUGCCUGAUGUAGGUUGACUUUCUGAACCGUGGAGAGUCACGAUUCCAAGCCAAUGCUAUCUGUCACUCUGUGUUUGAAUAUUUUGCUCUCUGACAGGAAAGAAAGAAUUAAAACUUCUUACCAGCCCCUCAUCCCACUCUCCUACAUUUGCCUCAUGUCCAUGGUAUUUUCAGUGGAAUACACUUUAAAAGAUAAAAGAUAUUCAAAAGUAUCCACAGUCAUAAGUUUACAAAAUAUUUUGGUAACCAAAACCCAAUCAGCUAAGGUGAAUUUCAUUUUCAAACAAGAGGAAAACAUGGGAAAUAAAAGAUUGGGAUGAAAAGGCCAAGGAGACGCCUUCAUUCUCUCAGCUUCUAUUCUUACUGAAUUGUCAAAGGUUUUAGACUCAAAGAGGCUAUGUUGGAACUAGCUUCCUCGUGCCAGGAGGAAGUCUUCUAAGUUAAAGUGAGCACUGAACCCCGCCGAGUCUCUUUUUUACUUCAGUGGGAAUUCUAUGGGUUAAAGGAAAGAAAAUGGUAGGGAACUCCCUGUUUUGCUAAGCUAACUUUGAAGUGUACCCUUGACGAUUCUUGUUGGCAGCGGCAGCUGAGAUCUUAGAAAGGAAACAUAAUGGGUAUGAGAUCUAGCAAUGCAUUUGGAAUCUUCACUCCCUACCAGACUCUCCCUAUUUUAAAUCUUUUCACCUCAGAACCAGACAUAUGGAAAGCUGUGAAGGCAAGCUGGAAGGCACAUUGUAUCAUCUCUACCUUGUGCUGCCUGGGGGAGAGAUCUUGGAUGCUUCUAGAACCUAUUCGAAGUCUUUCCAUUGUCCAUUUUUAAAGUUGAUGAUGCUGGAAACAUGACAUGUUUUACAAAGAGUGUUCUGAGUUUAUUAAAAGGUGGACUAAGAAGGGUGCCAUGAGCAAUGACUUGAAAUAAUUUACAAGUUGUGUCGAUUGUUAUACUUUUUUUUUGAGGCUUAACGGAGGUGUUAACAAUUUCUGAUGUAUUAGCCACUUUAGGUACGACUUUGGACCUCAUAGUUAAUUAUGUCACUAAAGGCAUGAAGAGAAAGUGCACAAAUGAUGAGAGGACGGGGUUAGAAGACGCUGACAUCGGUCCCCAGGCGUGUUUCCACCUCCCUUUCCUUCCCACAGCCCUGAGGGGGUGAGAUCGAGAGCUGAGGAGUUAGUUUGCAGAUCGAGUCCAAAUGGAGUGAAAUGCAGAAGCCACCCAGGCCAAUGAUGGAAGUAAAUGUAACCUCCGAGAUGGGUUCAAGUGAUGCAGGGGACAGAUGUUACAGCUUGUCUGUUUUUUGACAGUGAUUUCCUUGUCCAUUUCCCACCCAGAAGCCUGUCAGAAAGCAUUCUUUAGAGAAAAGCCCCUUCCCUUGUCGUUAACUCCAGAUUGCUGCUCUUAAGAAUAUAUAUGUGUGUAUUCACAGGGACAUUUUUUCUCAAUAUUUGUAUGAUUUGCUUAUUGUGCUAAGUGAGCUCCUUUGUGCUUCAGACAAAAAUAAAUGAGAUUUUGUGUUCAUGUUA